AUGACCAAGAAAAGAAGGAAUACUGGUCGUGCCAAAAAGGGCCGCGGCCACGUGCGGCCUAUUCACUGCACCAGCUGUGCCCAAUGCGUGCCCAAGGAUAAGGCCAUUAAGAAGUUUGUCAUUCGGAACAUUGUAGAGGCCGCAGCCAUCAGGGACAUUCCUGAAGCGAGUGUUUUUGACGCCUAUGUGCUUCCCAAGCUGUACGUGAAACUGCAUUACUGCGUGAGUUGUGCCGUUCACAGCAAGGGAGUCAGGAAUCGUUCUCAGGAAGCCCAGAAGGACCGAACGCCUCCAGCCCUAUUUAGACCUGCUGGUGCUGCCCCACGACCUCCACCAAAGCCCAUGUGA